AUGCAUGUUGACUCUAAUGAUGAAGAAAAACUUCCGAUCUAUCCAUACUACCAAAAUACCCUGCUUAAACUGCUUCAAGAGGAUCCAGAGGUCUCUGAUGCGGCACGGAAGAAGAUCUUGCGGCAGACAGCAGAAGCCAUACAAGAGCUACAUAGCAAGGACUGGAUUCAUAUCGAUAUCAAGCCCGACAAUAUACUGGCCAACUGGACUUGCGAUGAAGAGGGUACCAAGACAAUCACCGAUGUCGCUUUGGGUGACUUCGACAUUGCUUUGAAGUGUCCGACAAACGCGGUGAUUACCGGCCGUCAUGCAGUAGGAAACCACAUGUGGCACAGUCCAGAAGCAUAG